CAGCUUUGUUAUCAGAUGAGUCAGAAGGCCGUGUCUCACAGUCAGGCGUCAAGUAUGGGUGGGGGGAGGGGGGCUCUACCCGUCCACAAGACCCAGCAGCCAGUCCAGUCCCGCGCCCGUACCGUCACCAUGCAGGACGAGCACUGUAUCCGCAUGGGCGAGUACAUCCUCCGGUUCGAGGAUGGUCCGGAGAUCGGCGAAUCCUUCGAGGAGCGUGCCCUCAGGGAGCUGCGGGAGACGCCGGAACGGAGGGCGGAGGCCUUGGAGCAACUGAGGGAUCUGCUUAGGGGCGAACCAGGAUUGGUGGUACCUCUAGACAAUGAGCAGUUUCUACUCUCCUACUUGAGACCCUGCAAGUUUUAUCCUGAAAGCGCUUUUGAGCGGAUCAAGAAGAUGUACAAGUUCAGACCAAAACAUGCCAAGUACUUCAUGAACCUGUUGCCCAGCAGAGACAAGAACGUGUUCGAGCAGUGCUUGCUGACGGUUCUGCCAAACAGAGAUCAGCACGGCAGUCGCAUCCUCAUGAUCGAGGCGGGAGACAAAUGGAAACCGAAGGAGGUGUCGCUGACGGAGCUGCUCCGAGGAGUCCUGCUGGUCCUGGAGGCCGCUAUCCUGGAGCCUCGCACACAGAUCUCCGGGUCCAUCGUACUGAUAGACCUCCGGGGCCUGUCCAUGCACCACGUCUGGCAGUUCUCCCCUGGGUUUGCCAGCAUGAUAGUGGAGUGGGUACAGGAACUUAUACCUUGCAGAAUAAAGGCUAUCCAUAUAGUCAACCAGCCUUACAUAUUCAACAUGUUGUUCAGCAUAUUCAAGCCAUUCUUACAAGAGAAGCUCAGGAACAGAAUACACUUCCACGGCGAGGACAGAGCGUCCCUGCUAAACCACAUAGAUGCCAAGAGCGUGCCGACCCAGUAUGGUGGAGAUAUGUACCUGCCGCAUGACCAAGGACUGGAGCUGCACCGGCUACUCUGCUUAUACGAUGAUCAGUACCAGAAGACGUCCGAGUACGGAUACGUCAACAUCAAUAAGCAGAAAGGAAAGGACAAGAAAGAGAAACGGAUUAGCGAAACGUGAUGACGUCAGUGAAUGUGCUGUGAGGGACAUGACAACACACUAUGUUAUGUGGAAAUAAUACGUUUAUGUUUGUUUAUAUUGUACACAUUUUCUACUUCCUAGCUAGGUCUAAUUAUCAGUAUAGUGUAACGUGUAUUUGUAAAUUUAUAUUAUCGUUGUAUUUAAGUAUACAGAGUUCUAUAUGUAUUUAAAAAAUACACUAUUAAAACUGU